UGACCUUUCCUAAGCUUACAUGUUACUCAUUGACCCACCAGUACCCUUCCCCCCUCCUGUAAUCACCCUCUCCUUCCCCAAAAGCGCUUCUUAUCACAGCCAAAAAUAAGCCCCACAGUUGAAGCAAAGCAAUCCAACAGCAACAGCAGCAGCAGCAGCAACAAAAGAGAAAAGCAAGAAAAAUGGAAAAGGAAACACCUUGAGAAAGGUUUGCAUACAUCGCCAUUCGUCACCGAACGCGUACCACUGUAUACUUUAACAGCUGUUCAUUAGAAGGGAUUAAAAGCGCUGCGGGGGGGAGCACGGAGUGGGAGAGAUGGCGCGGAGAAAGGCGUUCGCGAUGAAGCACGCUGCGGUGUUCGGAAAUCGCGGCGGCGGCGGCGGCGGUGGCGCGAAGAAUGGGAACCUCUCGGUGUUCGUUUUCGUGUUCACGGUGCUCCUCUUCGUCACGUUCAUGUACAACGAGGACAUCAAGUCCCUCGCCGAGUUCCCAUUCUCCUCCUCGGCGCGCGCCGCCGCCCGGUCCACGGACCCGGUCCAUGACGGCGACCACCGGUUCACGGAAAUGUCAAUAGAGGCGGCGGCGAGCGUUGACAAGAAGGAAAUGUCAAUAGAGGCGGCGGCGAGCGUUGACGAGAAGGAGAAGGAGAAGGAGAAGGAGAAGGAGCGGGUUACGGUGCACGUGGCAGAGGGGUGCGACUUGUUCGAGGGGCGGUGGGUGUACGACGAGGUGAACUACCCGGUGUACAGGGAGGGGGAGUGCGAGUUCCUGACGGAGCAGGUCACAUGCAUGCGAAACGGUCGCAGGGACGACGCCUACCAGAAGUGGCGGUGGCAGCCCCGCGAUUGCGACCUUCCUCGGUUCGACGCGAGGGUGCUGCUGGAGAGGUUGAGGGGGAAGCGGCUCAUGUUCGUCGGAGACUCGCUGAACCGGAACCAGUGGGAGUCCAUGGUCUGCCUCGUCCAAUCCGUUAUCCCUCCCGGCAAAAAAUCGCUCGUCAAGUACGUCAACGACGGCCCCCUCAACGUCUUCCACGCCGAGGAGUACAAUGCGACGGUGGAGUUUUACUGGGCGCCGUUUCUGGUCGAGUCGAACUCGGACGACCCGAAGGUGCACAGCAUCCAGCACCGGAUCAUCAUGCCGGGCUCGAUCGCGAAGCACGCGGCGAACUGGAAGGGAGUCGACUACUUGGUCUUCAACACCUACAUCUGGUGGCUGAACACACUCCAAGUGAAAGUCCUGCGUGGAUCGUUCGAUAAGGGCUCGACGGAGUACGACGAGAUCGAACGGCCCACGGCGUAUAAGAAGGUGCUCAAAACAUGGGCUAAGUGGGUGGAGCGAAAUGUGGAUCCAAAGGAAACAAUGGUGUUCUUCAUGAGCAUGUCGCCGAACCACAUCACGAGUGAAGCAUGGGACAAUCCGACCGGCAUAAAAUGCGCGAUGGAGACACUACCGGUGACGAACCGGACGACCCCGCUAGAUGUCGGCACUGAUUGGCGGCUGUUUACGGUGGCCGACGAGGUUAUACGGUCCAUGAAGAAGGUACCGGUGCACUUCGUCAACAUCACCGCUUUGUCGGAGUUGCGAAAGGACGCGCACACUUCGGUCCACACUCUUCGACAAGGGAAGCUGCUAACAGCGGAGCAGCAGGCCGACCCGGCCACCUACGCCGAUUGCAUCCACUGGUGCCUCCCAGGCCUGCCAGACAUCUGGAACGAGUUCCUUUUCGCCCGCAUAGUGUCUAGCCCGCGGAGGAAAUAAUAACUCGGAGGGUCCAAACCCGCCCACAUACAACCACCAUACACAGAUUAAAGAUGCCUUAUUUUUGCCUCUUCUUUUUCCAAUCUGGGGAAGGUUGUUUUAUUUUUUUUUUCUUUUACAUUCCAAUUAGUUAGCCCACUG